UUGGAACUUGGAAGCCAAGACGAGCCCCAAAAUCCAAUCUAAUCGUCUUCUCCAAGCAUAUUCUCUCUUCAACAAGAAACCCUGUAAAACCCUUAUAUGCAGAUCCUGUGAAUAUUUACAAAUAGAUAGAGAUAUCGCACUCUUUUCUGUGCGUCUUUCUCUUCGGCUCGGAUCCAGAAGCACAACCAAAUGGCGUUGACGAAUUUCAUACUCACGGUGGCCGGUGUUAGCGCCGUGAUUCUGCUGCUAAGGAGCGACGUCAAGCAAUCGGCGGCGGUCUUCAGGCGCAACGUCAAGCAAAUCCGCCACUGGCUUGAAGAAGAAUCGGCCUCUGCCUCCAAGGCAGCAGGGAAGGCUACUCCCAAGGAACUUGAAUCAAAGGUUCCUCCAAAAGACAUUCCCAAGGAGGACAAGCACUGAAGUGUCUUUGUAGGUAGCCUGAUGUCGUCUACAAGAGUUACCUAUUUGUUUCUUUUUCCUUUAGUUUUUUCCUUAAAAUAUUUGAUGGUUUAUUUAGAACAAGUCUUGGUGAAACGUAUUUCUGCACCUUUUUUUUUUUUUUUUGUAAAUUUUGUUCUAGCCUAGUGUAUUUACAAAGAGAAAGGCGUCUUGUUUUACAAAGCAAGUUCUAUUUCUCCCUUGAUAACAUUGACCUGUAAUAGGGUUAUAAUUGAGUAGUGAGUGUUAGCUCACUCCUCAAACGAGUUUAACAAGACGAGUUGAGUUUAUACCA